AUGGAGCAGAUGGUGGGGCAAAACCAACUGCUUCUUGACCAUCAGCCGUCCAUUGUUCAAAUGCAACCGUCAGCAACGAACAGGACAAUGACCGUCAGCGCACAUGGUAUCCUGGCUCUGGCACUGGAUAUGAUUUGCAAGACUUCCAAGAGCGAGGGUUGA